ACAGCCGGGUCCUUCUCUUUUCCGCAACAGGCCGUGGCUCUGGAAGAUUCUGGGCAGCACUGGGUGGAUCUAAUAUAAUCUUUAUCCAUCUGCAGCCGAACCGCGGUCUAUUGGUACCGUGGUCCAUCUAAAGUCUCCUCUUCACACUUUUCAUCCGUUACAACGUUAAGAUGCCUGAAGGAAUGGCGGCAUCGAAAGUCUUCAGCGGAGGCAAAAACAAAGGGAGGGCGUAUGUGGACCGAGACAAGCCGGCCCAGAUUCGGUUUAGCAACAUCUCUGCCGCAAAGGCUGUUGCAGAUGCCAUCAGAACAAGUCUAGGACCCAAAGGCAUGGACAAGAUGAUUCAGGAUGAGAAAGGUGACGUUACCAUCACCAACGAUGGAGCCACCAUUCUUAAACAGAUGCAGGUGCUCCACCCGGCUGCCAAAAUGCUUGUAGAACUGUCCAAAGCCCAGGAUAUAGAGGCCGGAGAUGGCACCACCUCUGUGGUAGUCAUCGCAGGAGCUCUGUUGGACGCCUGCUACAAGCUGCUGCUCAAAGGUAUCCACCCCACCACCAUCUCCGAGUCCUUCCAGAAGGCAGUGGACAAAGGCGUAGAGGUGCUGACAUCCAUGAGUCGUCCUGUGGAGCUUAGCGACCGAGAAACACUGCUCAAUAGCGCCACAACCUCACUGUGCUCAAAAGUUGUGUCUCAAUACUCAAGCCUAUUGGCCCCCAUGAGUGUGGACGCUGUCAUGAGAGUCAUCGACCCGGCUACAGCCACUGGUGUUGACCUGCAGGACAUCAAGAUCAUUAAGAAGCUUGGCGGUACUAUCGACGACUGUGAGCUGGUGGAAGGAUUGGUUCUGACCCAGAGAUUGGCUAACACUGGUGUGAGCCGUGUUGAGAAGGCCAAAAUCGGCCUGAUCCAGUUCUGCCUGUCCCCGCCCAAGACUGACAUGGACAACCAGAUCGUUGUGUCAGACUAUGCCCAGAUGGACCGAGUGCUUCGUGAGGAACGUGCUUAUAUUCUCAACCUGGUGAAGCAGAUCAAGAAAGCUGGCUGCAACGUGCUGCUUAUUCAAAAGUCCAUCCUCAGAGAUGCUCUGAGCGACCUUGCUGUGCACUUCCUGAACAAAAUGAAGAUCAUGGUGGUUAAAGACAUUGAAAGAGAGGACAUCGAAUUCAUCUGCAAGACCAUUGGCACCAAACCAAUCGCCCAUAUCGACCACUUUACUCCAGAGAUGCUGGGAACAGCAGAGCUGGCAGAGGAGGUCAGUCUGGACGGCUCUGGUAAACUAGUGAAGAUCACAGGCUGCACCAGUCCAGGGAAGACAGUCAGCAUCGUGGUUCGAGGCUCCAACAAGUUGGUGAUCGAAGAGGCGGAGAGAUCCAUCCAUGAUGCCCUCUGUGUCAUCCGCUGCUUAGUCAAGAAGAGAGCAUUGAUAGCUGGUGGGGGCGCUGCAGAGAUUGAGCUGGCAGUGCGUUUGGCAGAAUACUCCCGAACUCUGCCCGGCAUGGAGGCCUACUGUGUGAGGGCAUAUGCUGAUGCGCUAGAGGUGAUUCCCUCCACACUGGCAGAGAACGCCGGCCUCAACCCUAUCUCCACGGUUACUGAGCUGCGCAACCGCCAUGCCCAGGGCGAAAAGAUGGCCGGAAUCAACGUGAGAAAGGGUGGUAUCUCUAACAUCCUGGAGGAGCUGGUGGUUCAACCAUUGCUGGUUUCAAUCAGCGCUGUUACUCUGGCCACAGAGACCGUCCGCAGCAUUCUCAAGAUCGACGACCUGGUGAACACUCGGUAAGAGGUUUGGAGUCGUAAAGCCAAGAGAGAUCAGAGGAAUCUGUCCACUAACAGUUCCACUGUAUGUGUUACUUUACAUAAUUUAAUGCUAAUAAAAUAAAGGCUUUUUUUGUUCACACUCCA